CAACAUGUUUUGGCUGUGAACCUAUCAUGACUUGUGCCAAAAUGUGGAGAGUUGGGAAUGAAAACUCUUCCAGAUAGUGUGUUGUAUUUGUGCAUUUUUCUUUGGUGUUUGCCUUCAUUGGUGACUUAUGUAACCCUUAGGAGGAGACUUUCUGGAGAAUGUAGUCUCUGGGGAAGGGCUUUGCGUGUUUAUACCCUCGUCACACUUCUUUGUGUGCUUGGAACUGUGCAGCCCUCUUCCUUUCCAUGUUGCUAUUCCAUCACCAUCAUUAAAGACUCCAUUCCUAAAUAAUGUAAGUUAAAGUAGAAGCAAUUGUUUUUCUUGCUAGUCCAUUUUUCUUGUCUUACAUUUUUAUGUUUAUAUUUUUGCCUGAUAAAAUUAGGUUUUGUACAUGCCAAGCAUUUGCCUUUGUGCUGAACUUUGCACACAUCAUGCCUUUUGAAUCUUGGAAGAGGGUGUCAUUUUUCAGACUAAGAAUGCAUGCAGUCAUGAAACUGAUAGUGAUCUCCUGAAUCACUGAAUUGCAGGAUGUAGUGACCUAUGAGGAUGUGCAUGUGAACUUCACUCAUAAAGAGUGGACUUUGCUGGAUCCUUCCCAGAAGAGUCUCUACAAAGAUGUGAUGCUGGAAACCUACUGGAACCUCACAUCUAUAGGCUACAAAUGGCAAGACUACAAUAUUGGAGAACAUUGUCCAAGUUCUAGAAGACAUGGAAGAUAUAUCGUCUUCAAAGAUACAAAAAUAGUCAGUACUCAAGAGGACCUUUAUGAAUGUGAGCAAUAUGAUAAAACAUUUGGAUCUGCUUCCUCUUUAAAAGUACAACAAAGAAUUCAUCUGGAAGUUAAAAACUAUGAGUAUAAUCAAAGUAUUAAAGCCUUUGCAUGUCAUAGUCACAAUCAAGUACAUAUAACUCAUUCUAGAGAGAAAACACAUGUAUAUCAUCAAUGUGAUACAGCCAUUGCACAUACUAGUUAUCUUCUAAUACAUGAAAGAACUCAUACUGGAGAGAUAUCUCAUAAAUGUAAUCAAUGUGGUAAAGCCUUUGCACUGAAGAAGAAUCUUCUCAGACAUGUAAGAAUUCAUACUGGAGAGAAACCCUAUGAAUGUAAUCAAUGUGGUAAAGCCUUUGCAUAUAAAUGUGAUCUUCACAUACAUGAAAGAAGUCAUACUGGAGAGAAACCUUAUGCAUGUAAUCAGUGUGGUAAAGCUUUUGCACAGAAGAGUAAUCUUCUCACUCAUGAAAGAAGUCACAGUGGAGAGAAACCCUAUGAAUGUAAUCAAUGUGGUAAAGCUUUUGGACGUAAAUGUGAUCUUCAAGUCCAUGAAAGAAGUCAUACUGGAGAGAAACCUUAUGGAUGCAAGCACUGUGAUAAAGCCUUUGUACGUAAACUUGAGCUUCAAAUACAUGAACGAAGUCAUACUGGAGAGAGACCCUAUGGAUGUAAUCACUGUGGCAAAGCCUUUGCAUGUAAAAGUAUUCUUCACAGGCAUGAAAGAAGACAUACUGGAGAGAAACCCUAUGGAUGUAAUGACUGUGGUAAAACCUUUGCCUAUAAAAAUCAUCUUCAACUACAUGAAAGAAGUCAUACUGGAGAGAAACCCUAUGGAUGUAAUCACUGUGGUAAAACAUUUGCAUGUAAAAGUAAUCUUCAAAUACAUGAAAGAAGACAUACUGGAGAGAAACACUAUGAAUGUAAUCAGUGUGGUAAAGCCUUUGCUUAUAAAAGUAAUCUUCAAACACAUGAGAGAAAUCAUACUGGAGAGAGACCAUAUGAAUGUAGUGACUGUGGUAAAACCUUUGCAUGUAAAAGUAAUCUUAAAAUACAUGAAAGAAGUCAUACUGGAGAAAAACCCUAUGAGUGCAGUCAGUGUGGUAAAGUCUUUGCAUAUAACAGUCAACUUCACAGGCAUGAAAAAAGUCAUACUGGGUAGAGACUCUAUGGAUGGAUGUAAUCACUGUGGUAAAACCUUUGCCUGUAAAAGUAAUCUUCAAAUACAUGAAAAAUCCUAUUAAUGUAGUCAAUGUGAUAAGCUGUUGUAAUAAAUACUAUAUUCCAAGAAUAUGGGAAUAAUGGAUAAUUUGAAUAAAAACCUAUUUGCAAAUAAAAAUGAUAUUUAUGCUGUCA